CUUCCAGUGUAGAGUGGCACACAUUCUGCUUGGAGAGAAAGACGCACAUACAAAACUUUAUUUGUAUUUUGUCAUUUUUGUGCUGCGCUGGUGAGAGAGGGAUUUCUUGGAGCUGCAGCAGAUGAUCAGUGCUGAGCUAAGAUGGAGGAAGCAUACAUGCAACUUUAUCAGGAGUUUGUCCACCUCAGAUCGCUUUGUCUAAGGCAGGCUGCUCUGUUGCACCAUCUCAUGGCAGCCCUGCAGAAAAAGAAAGGUACCCCAGAGGGGGACCUUUCUCUCCAGUGUACCUCCGUUCCUUUCCAGGGACCUCCAAUAGGAGGACUCAAGUCUGAUGUGAACAUGUCGCACCUCCUGACUGAAGAUAUGUCCAAGCUCUGCUUAAAAGUGCCUGAUGGGAAAUCAGAAGAAACUAACUCUUCCAACCAGUCUUCAUUAAAUCCUUCCAGUGCAGUCAACACCCACCACCAUCAUCAGGACGCCAUGAUAACGUCUUUUACAGAAAGAAGGUUCCUCGGUUUUGACUUCCCGAGUCUGUCGGGCAGAUUGCUGAUGUCCGACGUGGCGCUGCAGUCUAACGUGUGCGACUUCUGUCAGGCGGUUUUUCCCGGACACACGACCACUAGGGGACAGUUCUUGCAGCAUCUCCACAACCAUGUCACCUAGUUGCCUCAUAACUCAUACGCGAUAGACAUGUUGGAGGGUUUUAUUUUACUGACAGUGGAAGAUAUGACUGACAGAUGUCGGACUGUGUCAAAUGGAGAUGAAGGCUCUUUAGUUGUAGUCGAGUGUGGUUUUGAUUUGUAGGCAAGGUCGUUUUGUUCCCGCUUUCAAAUGAAUUUAGCAUACUGGCUCAUUUGUGUUGACCCAGGAUAUUAAUCAUUCAUUCAUUCAUUU